UAUUUAAAGUACCUAAGCAGUAGCUCCACUACCCUAUAUAUCAAAUCGCAUUCCAUACCAAACAUCUAGCCUCUGAAUUUUUUUAUAUACAAGGAAAUCUAAGCUUCAGGCCAUAGCCCUGGAUUAGAGUCUCAAUUGUUCAGAGUCUUAGAAUGAAGAGCCUCUAGAUUCUUAUUGUUUCUGGAUUGAAUUGUGUAUCAAUGUUUCGGAUCAUAUUUUGUGGUUAUCAUCAGAAUAAUAGAAAGUUAUAAGAAUCAAUGAUUCAAUAAGAAAUUAUAAGAAGCGACGAUUCUAUAAAGAGCUAUAGAACGAGGAGCUUCUGAUUAGUAAUCCCUCCAUCCAUUACUGUUUUUCCAGUUUUCUUGAAUCUGCAAUGGGCAACUGUGUGCAAACAGGAUGCAGAAGAAUUUCCCAGGCUGUGGAGGUGGAGAAAUUUAUCAAUAUUAUGAAAACUGAUGGAAAGAUCUUGGAGUACAGUGCUCCUCUAUUUGUUAGAGAUGUGCUGGUGGAUUAUGAGUGCCAUGCUGUUGUUAAUCCUCAGACCAUCAACCAGCAACUUCCUUUGGCAUAUGAGCUCCUUCCUGGUCAUAUGUACUGCCUUGUUCCAGAUGAGAAGAAUCAUGUUAACAAGGAGGAAGAAGCCAUGAUAAAGGUGGAGCCAAAGGAGAUGGAUAAGUCAAAGGGUGGUGUUGUGAGGCUCAAAGUUGUGAUAAAAAGGCAGCAGCUAGGAGAAUUGCUGGUGGCUAAUAAAGGAAUGUCCCUUGAGGAGUUGGUGCUCCAAAUACAAUCUAAAUGUCAUUCACCAAGAUCUGGUUUGGAUGAUUCCUCUCCAAAGUCUAACUCUUCUGGUUGGAGGCCUUCUUUAGACAGCAUUCCUGAGCUUCAUGAUGUAAUAGCUUAGAUUAUAAAACUUAUGGUAUUAUUGUCACUCUUGAUACAUGGGCUAGAUAUGGCAUGUGCAUACCAAUAGCUAUAUAAGAAAGGAAAUAUAGAGAAUGAAAUGCUAUUUUCUCUUUGCCCUCAACUUUUUUUUCUAGAUUAUUCUACUUUGUAUAUAUCUAUAGCAGAUUCAAUGAAAGGCAGCUGUGUUUUUAGGGUUUU